GGCGGCGUGCUAGAGUGCCGGCCGGGGGAAUGUCUGAACCAGCUCAGCAGCCUGCUCCUGGGGCCCCUGAAGGGGGUGCCCCUGCCGGGGGCCCCCCGGGGCCACCCCCCAAUCUGAGCAGUAACCGUCGGCUGCAGCAGACGCAGGCCCAGGUGGAGGAGGUGGUUGAUAUUAUGCGAGUGAAUGUCGACAAGGUACUGAAACGAGACGAGAAACUUUCAGAGCUUGAUGAUCGGGCAGAUGCACUUCAGGCUGGUGCCUCAGUAUUUGAAAGUAGUGCAGCAAAACUCAAAAGGAAGUACUGGUGGAAGAACUGUAAGAUGAUGAUCAUGAUGGGAGUGAUUUGUGCCAUUGUGGUGGUGGUGAUUGUAAGUAAGUACUGAAAAGCCCAGGAUCACAGGUGAAGAAGCCCUAGCUCCAGAGUGCUUUUAAAACUUUUGCUUUUUUUGGUUUAUGAUCUGGAGGGUCUUGUUUGCAUAAGUGGUAACUUCUUUCCUUGGGAAAGGGAAGUAGUAGUGUUGGAACUCCCACAUUACUGUGGAAAUGCUAUGUUCUACAGAGCAAGGAAAGGAAGUGGGGGUGGUCAUCAAUGCAGAAAUUAGACAGCUUUAUUAUCAGGUCAAAUAAACCUGUAAAUAUGAGGGAUAGAUACCUUGAAGUGGGUGGGUUUGCAAGCCCCUUUCCUGGUGGGGGAUUUGGAGGUCUCUGGGGGACCUUUGGUGUAACUUGCCCUUCUGUUCUUUCCUUUUUUUUCCUCUUGCUUUGUGUCCAGUCUACUUUUUUACUUGAAUGUAGCCCCUUCAGUCUGCAACCUGCUAUCCCCUGUCACCUUGCCUGUCUCUUCUUGCCUCUGAAUCUUCCCUUCCCUUCCACCUAGCUUCUUCAUUGAUUACUUUAUUGGUUCUGAAUUGUUGUCUUUUUUAAGAUUAUGAAGUGCUCUACUGAUCAUGGGUUAGACUUCCCAACAGCUGCAGCUUAAGAGGGGGUCAUCUGAGCUGAGAGGAAUAGGAAGCAGAGGAGGAGUGGGUGGCUAUUAUCCUGCUCUUCUGCAGGGAAUUUGUGGCUUAUUUUGGGGUGUAAGCUUGUUCAGUUAGUGCCUGUGUGAACUCUAACAAAUAAAGAAUGCCUUAAUGUAGUGCCUUUGGGGAUGCAGGACUUCAUCAUGUGAGAUUCUUUUGCCCUGCAUAAAGAGUGGCAACAUGAUGUAUGCUUUUAAUUGAUGAAAUAAAGGUUAGUUUAUGCUGGUCAGUGACUAUGAUCCAUCUGACUGAGCUAGACAGUCAUCUAGAUUUCUCUAGUCAUGCAGGGAUGAGCACUCAAGGAAGUGAUUUAUUCUGCCUGUUAUAAUAAAUUUACUUGCUCUUUGAAUGUGGACAUUUCAGUUGUAAUAAAAAGGAGUCAAUGUGAUUAUCUCAGUGAAGUGCAACAGAUUUCGUGUUGAUUGAAAGGAGUUUUGUUGCUGUCUAAAGGGUCUGUGUGGGCAUAAAAUCUACUGCCAGAAGGAAUAAAUUACCAACAGCAAGGAUUGUGGUGGUGUGUGCACAUCAAAUAUUCCUUUCAUCUAUGCAGACACAAGCCAGGACCUUACAGCUUUCUACUGUCUUGCAUCUUUCUGGAAGAUGUUGGCAUUAGUAGCAGAAAAGAGCAUGAGUUGUGCUUUCCAGUGUUACCAUGUUGAAUGGCAAAGGAAGUCCACUACGUAGUAGAUGAAGGUGAAGGAAACUGGAUGUACUCCACAUUAGACUGAGUCACACAGGUUUUUAAGAAUACCUGUUCUGCUUCUCUGACCACAAAAGCCCUAACUUUUAGCAAGAGUUAGAAAGUAUUUGAAGUGAUUACUUAGGAAUUCAAAGGGAAAUGCUGCUCUGGCAUGAUAUUGCAAAGUGACAUUAGUUGCCCCAAUUUGGCAGCAUAGAUCUCUAGAGGAAACUGAAAUCUUCCUACUUGCUAUGGGUUCUCUUGAGCUUAGAUUUGGAGUGGUCUCUGCUGUAAAUAAUCUUAGUGUGGAAUGCCAUGGUUUUCUGUAAGCAAUCUCCCAUGCUUUCAGAAAGUGCAGGAGCUGUGAAUUGCUCAAAUAUGUUGUCAAACCAGAGGUUAAAGGAGCUGUCCUGUUCCACAGUUUCCGCAGCUUUCUGAGGAGUGUAUUUUUUUUUUUACAAGCUGAGCUGUAGCCCAUAAUCUGGACUGUAAAGAGGACAGCUCUUUAGUCGAGGAAGCUCUACCUCAGGCACAGAGUUCUGUCUAGGCUUAGGAGGAUGUAGGGGAAAACAUCACUGGCAUUCCCAGGUGGAAGUACAAAAGAUGGGAGGGGCAGAUGCAUUUUGUUGCACUGAGUAUGCUGGAGAAGCCCCUUUCCUCCCCACAGGUUGUCUGGGGAGGGGCUAGGUUUUGCAUGCUCACUUCCAUGCCUCAGCAUUUCAUUUGCGCUGAGUUCAUCUCCCUGCAGUUCCAUCCCUCUCCACCUUGGGUGAGGGCAGAGUUGAAGAUCUGCAGUGAAGCAGCCCUCGUCCCCUGAGCACUUCCCUAAUUCCCUGUGGAACUGAGAUGUGAUGGACGGUCAGAAGUGCAUCUGCUGAAGAGGAGCCAGGGUCUGCUUUGUACUACUUAUGGCUAACAUUCUAGGGGGUGGGCGUACAAGCUUGAGGCCCCCAGACCAGCAAUUCUCUUGAACUUCUCAAAACAAAGCCGUUGGUGCCCCAUUCCUCCUAUUCCUCUGGGGGCUAAGGUCCCCUUAGGCUGUCUCUUCCAUUUCUUUCUCUUGGAUGUUGUAUGUUGCUGUCUCUUCUGCUACCUUUCCCCUCCUUUGUGUCUCUAUGCAUGGGCAAAAAAUUUACCAAGGCCCUCUGAGUAAGAGCAAGGGACUGUGCUGUAUGCAGCAUUACAGCCAAUUACGCACGUGCAAUUUAUUUCCUUCCUCUAUAAACACAACUGUAAUCUCUGGCAUGUUGUAGUAAUCAACUCAUGUACUUCAAACAGUCUCAAAGAAACACAGUUCAUCACC